GGGUUUAUAUUCCUCAGGAUCAUCUUCACAUUGUGUAUGUUCACAUUGUGGAUACAUUGCAGAGCAUCUAAAGUGUUUUUGCACAAAAAAAAAAUUGUUUAGAAUUUGUUGCAGAAAAUCAGCAGUGGAUGUGCAUCAUGUGAACAUACCUUCAGUAAGCGUUUGCAGCAUAUGUUGUAACAUAUUGUGUUUUACAUUGAUAUUGCAUUGGGCCAACAGGGCUGUUUUCUGACCACUUGUAUGUGCUAAAACAAAAGGAAACCCAUCAAAUAGAUUCCAUGUAAUUAUCCAGUGAAGCUAGGAGACGCAGGCAGUCUAGUUGCUAAGGGCCCCCAGAGGAGUGAUUCAGAGCCUCUGGUCCAGAGAGUUGUUUUGCUGCGUAUACCUAUCAAUUACUCCAGGUGUUAGCAGAUCCGUCCCAUGGGUCGGGAGUUGUCUUGGGAAUACCCCCGCCUGUGAACAUAGUGAGGUUUCUAAGGCCAGAACCAUGGACAAGCACAAAGUAAAGAGACAACGCCUGGAUCGAAUCUGUGAGGGUAUUCGGCCGCCAAUUCUGAAUGGUCCUAUGCCUGUCCGUCCAUUGGUGGCUCUUCUGGAUGGAAGGGAUUGCACAGUUGAGAUGCCUAUACUAAAGGAUGUUGCUACAGUGGCAUUCUGUGAUGCUCAGUCUACACAAGAAAUUCAUGAAAAAGUAUUAAGUGAAGCAGUGGGAGCCCUUAUGUACCACACAAUCUCCCUUUCGAGAGAGGACUUGGAAAAAUUUAAGGCCCUUCGUAUUAUCAUACGAAUUGGAAGUGGUUAUGACAACAUUGAUAUCAAGUCCGCAGCUGAAUUAGGGAUUGCUGUUUGUAAUGUUCCUUCAUCGUCCGUGGAAGAGACAGCUGAUUCUACACUCUGCCACAUAUUGAACCUCUAUCGGCGCGUCACAUGGCUGCACCAGGCUAUGAGAGAAGGGAAUCGUGCUUCCAGUGUGGAACAGAUCAGAGAGGUUGCGGGAGGGGCAGCCAGAAUCCGUGGGGAGACUUUAGGCAUCAUUGGACUUGGCAGGGUUGGGCAAGCAGUUGCUUUACGUGCCAAGGCUUUUGGUUUCACAGUCAUAUUUUAUGACCCCUAUCUCGCUGAUGGAGUUGAACGUUCCUUGGGCCUACAGCGCAUGGCGACUCUUCAAGAUCUGCUAAUGCACAGUGACUGCAUAACUUUACACUGCAGUCUGAAUGAGCACAACCAUCACCUCAUCAAUGAUUUUACCAUAAAGCAGAUGCGGCAGGGUUGUUUUCUGGUUAACACUGCCCGCGGGGGACUUGUUGAUGAGAAAGCGCUGGCCCAGGCUUUAAAAGAUGGACGAAUCCGAGGUGCUGCUUUAGAUGUCCAUGAGUCUGAACCAUUCAGCUUUUCUCAGGGACCGUUAAAAGAUGCUCCCAACUUGAUCUGUACCCCUCACACUGCUUGGUACAGUGAACAUGCUUCAAUCGAAUCGAGAGAGGAGGCUGCUAAAGAAAUCCGCAGAGCCAUUACAGGUCCAAUUCCAGAUGCAUUGAGAAAUUGUGUAAAUAAAGAGUAUUUGAUGGCAGCUGCACAGUGGUCAGGAAUGGAAUCUGUUCAUCCAGAACUCAAUGGGGCAACAGGAUAUAGGUUUCCCCCUGGAGUUGUGGGAGUAGCUGCUCCAGGACAUCCAGCUUCAGUGGAAAGUUUAGUGGCAACUUCACAUCCCUUAAUUCCCUCUGUUUCCCACACUCCAUCACCGGGACAAACAAGCAAGCCAGAGCCAGACAGAGAAAUUUCCACUGACCAGUAGCAAUACUGUGCUUUGUUUGUGUUUUUUUUUUUUUCCUUUUUGUUUAUUGUUUAUUUUGCCUUGUUUUUGUUUUUUCCCUUUUUUUAUAUCACCAGUCCCAUAAUGUUGCUCUGCUUUCCCCCUUCCCCUCAGAAUGGUUUGGGGGAGAAGAGCGGGAUUCCAGGUGUUUUCAGCAGCUUUAACCAGUUGAUGGAAUCAUGCUGCAAGCCCUGAGGUGUAUCAUCUCUCCUCACACCGGAAAGGAGAAUGUUCUUAUCAAUGUCUGGAAACCUUUAGAUAUUGCCUUUCAACAGAUCUAUUUUUUAACUAAUUUAGUUUUACGUGAAAUAAUAUACGGGUGGGUUGUGCUUCUGUGUGCCGGGGCAGGCUGAUCUUUACUGCUUCCUGUAAAAGGAGACAUGCCCAGUAGUCUCAGGGAGCUGAGGCAUCACCAAAUUUUUAGUGUAGCAGGUAUCUUCUAAUCUGAAACAUGUCUCAAUCCCCUCAGUACUGGAGGAUAAGAAACAUGGCCUUUUCUUAAGAAACCUGUUACAUUUCCACAUUGCUAAGAAUAAACUUAGGAGAGCGCACCUUCAAGUUAUCUAUUUUAUAGCUGGAUCAUUGUUCUUCACAAGGGACACAAUAUAAAACGUUAAAUAUUUUUAAAUUAAAAUAGAAAUCACUUAGUGCAUGUGUCUGUGGAGUUUCUCUCAGGUUUUUGGAGUCAUUGUAGCAGUAUAUGGAUGAAAAAUGGUGUAUAAGUAAGCAUGACCUGCAAGUCUUGUGUUCAACAUGGUGGUGAAUAUGGGCUUGGGCAUUACAUUUUUUUUUUUUUUUUUUUUAACCAUUAUGUCUGUUUUAAUGUAUCUAUUUUUAUAUUUUUAGAACUGGUAAGAAUGUUGAUUAUUUUGCCUCAUUUCAUUUAGAAGUUGUAGUUGUUCAUGGCAUAUUGCAUUUAAGUAGCCUUUAAAGGAGCAGGAUUCCAGGACAGUGUGCAUGUCUUAUUCUAGACAGAGUAGAGAUGGCGGUUAUAUCAUAAACUGUAUUGUUUUUAGCCCCUUUCCCCAUUUCUCAGAACUUUCGAGGUAAAGGAUAUUUUUACUAGC